CUUACAGAGCCCACGUUUUAUAUAUGUAGAUAGUUUCAUUGUAACCUCCAACAAUAUCUCGUAUUUAUAUAUACAAAGAGUAUAUUAGAAGUAUUCAGUCUGAUAAAAUAGAAAUUAUAUAUCUUAACCAUUAUUUACGAAGAAAGGAUAAUUAUAAUGUAAUAUGUGUACAGAAAUUAUUGCACAUGACAUGAUUCUAGCACAAGUUUUGAGGUUACGCACGAUAGCAUGAUAUUUCACGUCUGACUCGUCAGUUUUUCGAUAAUGCAAAUCGUUAUGCCAAUUGGCUGGACGUAUUGAACAGAGAUAUAUCAAUUCUAAACGCCGAUUGUUUUUAGUUGUGUUUGUGUAUUACGAUAGUAAUGUUAAGUGCCACUUUUUUGGAACAAAAUUUGUAAUUUGCUAUAAAUUAUAUUGUAUAAUAAUUAUAUUGGUCAAAACAAACAAAUUUAUUCUGAUAUAAAGUAUAUUGUGAAUUAUUAUAAGAUUAACAAAAUUUGGUUUUGUAAUAUUUGCACAUCUUGUUCGACCUCUUCUGUGUAAAAGGACACUAGCAGAUACUUAUUCCAGGAAGUAUAUCAAAUUUGUGUUAAUGUCCACAAUGUCCACAUCAUCCAUGGAUGAGCGUAUGUUGAAAGGAAUAAGAAAGGUGAUACCAAAUCUGGUUAAUACCAAAUACAAAGGUCAGGACGGUAGAAUUGGAAUUUUUGGUGGUAGCACUGAAUAUACAGGAGCACCAUAUUUUGCUGGUAUGAGUGCACUGAGAACCGGUGCUGAUCUUGUUCAUAUAUUUUGCACAAGAGAUGCCAGCACUCCUAUUAAAUCAUUUAGCCCAGAACCAAUAGUUCAUCCAGUAUUGGAUCAGUACGAUGCAAUAAAGUAUAUAAAACCUUGGCUCGAUCGACUGCAUGUUAUUCUGAUUGGACCUGGACUUGGCAGAGAUGAAAAGAUAUUUAAAACAAUUGUUGAAUUAAUAUCAAUUUGUCGUGAGAUGAGAAAGCCAUUGGUUAUUGAUGCAGAUGGAUUGUUCCUGAUUUGUCAGAAACCAGAAAUUAUAAAGGAUUAUCCAGGAAUUAUUCUGACACCAAAUGCAAUGGAAUUUAGUCGUUUGGUCAAGGCAGUAUUGGACAAAUCCAUCCCACCUACUCCCUUAGUUAAAGUUUCUGAUGUAAAGCAUGUAGCAGAGGCUCUUGGAAAAAAUGUAAUAAUUCUACAUAAAGGGGCUAAAGAUGUGAUUGUGGAUGGUCACAAAGGUACUGAAACUGUAUCAUGUGGAUUGGCUGGUUCUGGAAGGAGAUGCGGUGGACAAGGAGAUCUCUUGUCUGGUUCAUUAGCUGUGUUCUGGUGGUGGUCUAUCUCCGCAGGAGCUAGUGAAUGCGCUUUGUCGCCCUCAAUAAUUGCCUGCUAUGCUGCAUCCAGAUUAGUUCGUGAAUGCAAUGCAUCAGCUUUCAAAUUAAAACAGAGAGGAAUGUUAACGUCGGACAUGUUGGAACAGAUUCAGCCAGUUUUUAACAAGAUCUUUGAAACUUAUUGCAACAAGUAAUGUAAAAAUGCAAAAAGAAAAUAUAAAUAUUAAUUUAAUUUACUUAUAAUUAUAUUAAGAUACAGUAAA